UAACCCCCUAAACAAGUCGACUCUCCGACCAAACACAACAUCCAUCAAGGAAGGCCAUAAUAAUGUGAUCAGACCGAACGCAAGAUCACACCAUCUCUCUUUGAUGAUCGUCUCCUACAUCCGAUCCGAAGAAGCGAAGAGCGAACUCACCAGUGAUUGCGAUGGCGCUCAAGUUCAACCUCAACGCCCCAUGUCGUUCCACGGCGACGUACGGCUCUUCCUUCGCAUGGUGUUCUUCUUGCCAGCCGCCGCCGCUCGGCUACCACCGCACGCCUCGCGGCGUGUCCGCCAUGCUCGCCGCCAUGAUGCUCGGUGGGCUCGCCUUGGGACUGCUCGCUCCCACCGUGCUCGCGUUCGUCAAAUCAAAAGCGUCCAAAAUCUUCCGCAAAACCACCACGACAGCCAGGAGAGAGGAGACAAACGACCCCCAAGCCGCGACGAGCGGCGGAGAUGCGCCGGCACCGGCCGGCGAGGAGUACGAGGUGUUCCUGAGCUUCAGGGGGCCUGACACUCGCACCGGGUUCACCGAUUGCCUCUACCACGACAUGCUCGGCGCCGGAAUCCGCGUUUACCGGGACGACGAGGAGCUUCGAGUAGGCAGGGAGAUCGGCAGCGAGCUCAUGCGGGCGCUUGACGUGUCCAAGAUCUACGUGCCCAUCUUCUCCGAGGACUACGCGUCGAGCUCGUGGUGCCUCCGCGAGGUUGCGCACAUGGUGGACUGCACGGCAAGGUCAAUUGGGAAUAAGGAGAUCUUGCCGGUGUUCUACAACGUGUCGCCUUCUGAUGUCAAGCUCAGGACUGAGCUGUACAGGAAUGCCAUGACCAAGCACAGCAAGAAGUUUGGGGCUGAGGAAGUGAAGAGGUGGGAGGAUGCUCUUGUUGAAGUUGCUGAAUUGAAGGGAUGGGACCUCAAAGCAAGAGGGCAUGGGGAAGCUAUUAAGUUGAUCAUCCGAGAGGUUUUGGUUAAGUUGAAGAUAAAAUAUAAGAAUGUGACAAAUCAAUUGGUUGGAGUGGAUGAUCAUGUUGAAGACAUAAUGAAGCUCUUGGAUGUUGACUGUGAAGGUGUUCGUUUUGUUGGUAUUCACGGGAUGGGCGGCGUUGGUAAAACAACACUUGCAAAGGUUGUCUUCAACCAGUUGUGUUCGCACUUCGAUGAUUGCUGCUUUCUUGGAGAUGUUCGAGAAUCAUCAGAAAAAGAGGGCCUAGUAAAUUUGCAGAAACAGUUAUAUUCUGACAUCCUCGACUCUAGAUUCGUGGACAACAUUCAUGACAUUGAUGAUGGGAUUAACCAGAUCGGGACAAGAUUUCGCAACAAAAAGGUCCUCGUCGUUUUGGAUGAUGUGGAUAAAGGAGAACAACUAGAGAAACUAGCGGGGGCACGAGAUUGGUUUGGCUCAGGAAGUCGGAUUAUCAUUACAACCAGGAAUGAAAUUACAUUAAAAGUCCUGGAUGAGAUUUUAAUUUAUGAAUUAAAGGAACUGGAUUAUGAUCAAGCUCUUAAGCUUUUCUGUAUACAUGCUUUUAGAAAAGACUCUCCACCAUAUCAAUAUGAUACUCCUGCAUCAGAAAUUGUUGUCACAACCGGAGGGCUUCCUUUGGCUCUUGAGGUCAUAGGCUCAUUUCUCUAUCGCCAACCGGAAGAGAUAUGGAAAGAGACUGUGGAGAGGCUAGCAAGAAUACCUCAUAAGGAUGUCUGAC